AUGGGAGCGGUUUUUAAUACUCUACCGUUAAGUGAAACUGAAAAUCUAUCCAAUGUAUCUCCCAAUCGUGCAGAUUGGUUAACUAGUCAUGCAGACGCAACUGGACUUGCUGUUGUCGAAGUUGAACGUUUAUGGAAUCGUUUUAAACAGUUAACAGGUUCAAGGGAUCAAACAAAAAUUUAUCCUGAGAGUAGUACAGUAGCACAUGAAUUAUCUAAUGAUAUUUUUGUGAAAAAUUUUUUGAAACAUAUUCCUCGAUCGAAAUCAGACAUAAACAGUAUUCCAUUUGGUAAUUUUAUAAUCGUAAUGCAAUGGAUUGAUUCAGCUACUGUUCAAGAUAAACUAGCAGCCAUCUAUCAUUAUCUUAAUAAUGGUGAACCAAUUGAUAGUUUCAUGAUAAGUAAACUUUUGAAACAUGUUUAUCGAGAUGCCAAAGAUGAUGAAAUCAAAGCAUUAUCACUGCAAUUUAUGCAACAACUUGGAGGAAACGAUCAAGUUAAAAUAAAUAUGUCACAGUUUAUUAUGGGUGUUCAACGAGCGAUACCGCCCAAUGAGCUCGAAGAGCUUCUUAAAUUUGAUAUUAUACCAGCACAUUUACUUGAUGAAGCGAGUGUACUUCCAUCACUGCAGGGAUCGUCAUCCAAUAUACGUAGUCUAGAUAAUUUUGGUUCUAAUGAUCAAGUUAGCGAUGAACAAUUAAGACAAAUAGCAAAUCAAGUAGCAAAUAGAGAUUGGUCAAGAUUGGCGGUUGCACUUGGUUUUCUUGAAUACGAUAUUGAAUCUUAUAAAGUGACGAAUAAUAAUGAUUCAGCUGCAGCAAUGUUGGAAUUACUUCGUACAUGGCGUGAACAAUCAGGUUCAGCAGCUACUAAAAAUCGACUCAAGCGUCAUUUGGACGAAAGUGGAUUUCCUGAACUUACUUAUAUAUUGAAUUAA